AACGACGUCACCUUGUGUCAAAUUCUCGUUUUCAUCUGUGACUGUAGUGGGAUUUUUCAGUUUUCGCGUUGAAAAAUUGGACAUUUUUUGCAAUUUUGAAGCGUAAAAACGUGUGCCGUGAAGUUCCAAUGCAAUAAUCAAGUUAUCAAAAUAACAAGGGAAACGGGGUAAAUUUGAAUUCAUUGUGUAAAAAGAGCGAUAAAGUUCUAUAGUACGUGGCUGUAAUACUGUGCUAAUUUCUUGUUCCUAUCUUUCUACUUUUCUUGAUUUUCAUAUAUUGCACUGCGUGUAUGUUUGAUUGUGUGGCGAACUUUACACAUUGAUUUGUGUGAUUUGUGUUUUGUUGCUGGCGGUGUCGAUGGUGGUGGUGGUGGUGGCGACGGUGUCAACGGUAUUUGUUCAAUUAAAAAUUUGCGGGAGCAACAGGAAGCGAAAGGUGCAAGGUGUAGCCGGAUCGGUCGAAGGGGCAAGGGAAACGACAACCUUAACAAUGUCGGACAUAGUUCUGAAUAAACCUACUCCCGAACGGAGUACCACGGUCAGUAAGGACCCCGAAAUUAAGGGUUGGCUUAUGAAGUGGACAAAUUAUAUUAAAGGUUAUCAACGUCGAUGGUUUGUUCUGUCUAGAGGUGUUUUGAGCUAUUAUCGAAGUCAAGCCGAAAUGAAUCAUACAUGUCGUGGAACUAUAUCGCUUCAUGGUGCUCUCAUACACACAGUUGAUUCGUGCACAUUUGUUAUCUCGAAUGGCGGUACACAAACCUUUCACAUAAAAGCAGCCAAUGAGGUAGAGCGACAGUCUUGGGUGACGGCACUGGAGCUGGCCAAGGCUAAGGCCAUACGCACUAUGGAAACCGAAGAGGAGGAGGAAGUUCAGACAGCCCAUGUUGUACCCAGCCAAGAAAUCAACACAGUGAUGGCCGAACUCACUGGUCGUUUGGAAAGCUUGCGCACCUGUUAUGAUUUAAUCACUAAACAUGGAGUUGCCUUGCAGAGAGCGCUCAGCGAGCUAGAAGCGAACGACGAAGAAUCACUGGCCAGUCGCACAAAAAUUGUGAAUGAGCGUGCUACGCUUUUUCGCAUUACAUGCAAUGCAAUGAUUAAUGCAUGCAACGAUUACCUGCGCAGUGCUGAGUCGCAAGGCCACAAAUGGUCAAAAAUGGUUGAACACGAACGAGAGCAACGACAACGGCUGGAAGAAAUGGUAGAGAUGUUAGCCAAACAGCAAACACGGCUCGAGCAAGCCGCACACACAGCCGCGCAACAAAACAAACCGUUGACAAUAGCGAACGAAGGUUCUGCAUCGCUGAAUGCAGUUACAUCAGAUGAUGAAAACGAAUUUUUUGACGCAGAAGAGAACAACGGAAUAUUUGGAGAAAACUCGCCGAAAGAAGCUUGCGAAUUUGUAAUGACAUUGGCUUCGAAUAUUAGCAAUCAUAAAGAUGAUGUCGAGGAUGGUUCGUUUAUUAUGAAACUGCAAAAAACGCGCUCUAACUCAGAAGAACAAGCCCACCAUAGCAGUUCAUCAGAAAAUGAAGAGCAAAAACUUACAGAAACCGAGCCUCAGCAAGUGGUUGUAAUUAGCAAAAACAAUAACACAUCUUUUGAGCUAAGUAGUUCAAGCCGCCAAAAUGAAAAUCAACAAAUUCAAAAGAGCAUAGAAGUUUCUAAAAAAACUAGGCAACGGCGUACACGUGUGCCAGAUAAACCAAACUAUCCGCUCAAUCUAUGGUCCAUAAUGAAAAAUUGCAUAGGCAAAGAAUUGUCAAAAAUUCCAAUGCCAGUUAAUUUCAAUGAACCAUUAUCAAUGUUGCAACGACUUACAGAAGAUUACGAAUAUGCAAACUUGUUGGAUAUAGCUGCACGCUGCACUGACGAAUGUGAACAGUUAGCAUACGUAGCAGCAUUCACUAUUACCAGCUAUGCAACAACAGCAAAUCGCACUGGCAAACCUUUUAAUCCACUUUUGGGUGAGACGUAUGAGUGCGAUCGAAUGGAUGAUCUUGGAUGGCGUGUGUUGGCCGAACAAGUUUCGCAUCAUCCGCCCAUGGCUGCUUUACAUUGUGAGGGCCACGAGUGGACCUGCUGGCAGGAAUUCACCAUGACAAGCAAAUUUCGUGGCAAAUAUUUGCAGGUUAUUCCCCUGGGGAGCGCAUUCGUAAAUUUCCCCGCAACUGGUCAUAAGUACACAUGGCGUAAAGUGACGACGACUGUAAAUAAUAUUAUCGUGGGGAAGUUGUGGGUCGACCAACAUGGUGACAUGGAGAUCAGAGGACUCAAUACGGCUUCGGGGCUUGUAUGCCACCUCAAGUACAUCGCCUAUUCAUACUUUUCACGCGAACAGCAGCGUCGCGUUAAGGGUGUGAUCAUGAACCGUAAUAAAGAAGUGAAAUGGGUGCUUCGCGGCACUUGGGAUUCUUCCAUCGAAAUUGCGCCGGUGCUUUCCACUUCAGGUUCAGUUGACAGUCCAGUCUACCAAACCAAUGGCUACAAAACAGUCUGGACGCGCCGAGAGCUGCCAUCAGAUAGUGAAAAAUACUAUAAUUUUACUACAUUGGCAGCUCAAUUAAAUGAACCAGAAGAAGGUGUAGCACCUACGGACUCUCGUCUGCGGCCCGAUCAGCGUUUGAUGGAAGAGGGGCGUUGGGAUGAGAGUAAUCGUGAGAAACUGCGUCUAGAGGAGAAACAACGCAGAAAGCGACGAGAGCGUGAGGCUGAAGCCGAAACCGCAGCGAUUGGAGGUCGUCCAUAUCCGCCUUAUGAACCGAUUUGGUUUAGACGCGAAAAGGAAGAAGGCAGCGAUAAUUUGGUGCAUGUUUUCAACGAAACCUAUUGGCAGCACAAGCGAGACCAAGACUGGUCUAAAUGUCCUGACAUAUUCUAAACGUAAUUGAUGUUUUUCCCAAAAGCAAAACAGAAAAAACAAACCAACUAUCAAAUAAUUCAAAAACUAAAAGUUUAAUUGCGAAAGUUAAGUUAAAAUAUAGUUACAACAAAAGUAUAGCGAAACGAAACAAAAUAUUUCCUCAAAAACACGUAGAACAAUAUGAAAAUACGAAAAUGCACUCACACGAACACUUUUACAUGAAUAACAAAGAUAAAAUAGAAAAGCGGAAUUAUACUACCAAUAAUCCUAAAACAGUGAAAUUAUUGUCCUUUCACAUGAAAUAAAUUUGUGAAAAAAAUAUGAAAAUAUAAAAACUACUUAAUUAAAACAAAAAUAUUAAAUUUCUUACAAAGAACUUUAAGCAUUUUCGUAUGGGUUAUUAUUAACAAUGCGCCUAAAAAUAUUGGCAAAGAGGACACAAAAUUGUAAAGAAACACAAAGAUAUUAUGUGUGUGUGUAUGUAUGCACGUCUGCAAUUCGAAAGUGAAAAAUUACACAAUUCCCUACAAUAAACAAUAAUCUCGCUGUUUGUUAGUUUUAGCGAAUAUCUGCGAAUAGCUGCUGGCGUUUUGCAAUAUAUUGCUGUAGAAAAAAUGCGAUAUGACGACGGCAGCGAACAAUACGCCGUCAUAAAUACAAGUCCAAACUUGCAUACUUAGUAUGUACAUAUAUAUGUAUCUAUGUAUGCGCAGCAAUAUAUGAAUGUAUAUAUUGUAUGUAUUUUUCUUGAUAAAAAUGCCAACUCUCCGUAAACACUACUCUACUUUACUUCCCACUCGUAUUAUUACAUAUUGCCUAGUUUGUAUUGUAAAUGUUUUCCUUUUCCUUCUUUUAAUGUAAAUAAAUGCAAAUACAAGCUUGGAAAUGCAUAUGUUACAUGUUAAAUCAGAAACAUUUAUUAUUACUAAAAUUAUUAUAUUAUAGUAUUAUUGAAAUAAAAAAAUAUAUAAAAAUAAAAAUUCAUGGUUAAAUAAACGUACACCUACAAAUAUUUAGAACGUAUUUGCAAGUGGAGAAACACAUCUGUUCUGAUACUAUGUUUAUUACAAAUGUUGCCAAGCGUUGCGAAGAACUUACUAAAGUACAAUUUCUCAUGUGUAACCACAGGCCACUCCACGCCUUGUGAUUAAUUUUCAGCUGCGGACUUAUUACUGCUAUUACUUUUUAUGACUGAUCAUUUGAACACUUCUAGUUCGCUACUAUUAGUAAUCCGAUAACAAAGUUCAAUGCUAAUCCGUAAUAAAUCAUGCAUACAUAUGUAUGUAUAUGUAUACACCUCGCGACAAAAUGGUAGCACAACAACACAUGACCACUUUGGACUAUUUUCCUUGUUUUUUGUGACUCUUUAUUGUUUUUGUAUAAAAUUGUUGUUCAUUGUCUAGUUUUGACUAUUUUUUGUUUUUUAAA